AUGCCACAGACCAAAGUUCCCGCUGGUGAAACAAUCAUUCACUGUUUUAUAGAUUAACCUUUCUGCUAUACGUCCAGACGACCUGAGGAGCGCUUCAGUUCUGGUUUCUCUCUAAGCUUCAGAUUCUUCUGACCUCCAGUCAGCUGGACUGAAGCUGUUAAAGUCAUGGCUGUUUUAGACCUUCUGCUCCAGUCCUACUCCGCCUCCCUGCUGGUGGUUCUGGUGGUUCUCCUGCUGACAUAUCUCCUGACUUCUCCCAGCUUCAGUGUCACCCAAACUAGGAAGGAGCCACCAGGACCGACACCACUCCCAAUUCUCGGGAACCUUCUGCAGAUCGACCUGAAGAGGCCAUACCACACGCUGCUGGAGCUUUCUAAGAAGUAUGGAUCAGUCUUCACCGUCUACUUCGGACCCAACAAAGUGGUGGUUCUGGCGGGAUACAGGACGGUGAAGGAGGCUCUAGUUGGCCAUGAUGAGGAGUUUGGAGACAGAGACUCCCCUCCAAUUCUGAGAGAUUUUAACAAAGGACACGGGGUUUUGUGGUCCAACGGAGACUCGUGGAGAGAGAUGAGACGUUUUGCUUUAACCAACCUCAGAGACUUUGGGAUGGGGAAGAAGGCGUGUGAAGACAAGAUCGUUGAGGAAUGUCAGCACCUCACUGAAGUUUUUAGGAAUUUCAAAGGAGAAGCUUUUGAUUCUCUGAACUCGAUAAACUGUUCGGUGUCUAACAUCAUCUGCUCCAUGGUCUACGGCAGCAGGUUCGAGUACGAUGAUCCAGCCUUUAAGUCCGUGGUGGCUCGAACCAACGCCCUCAUCCAGCUCACGGGAUCUCCAUCUAUUGUGAUUUACAACAUGUUUCCGUGGCUCAAAUGGAUGGCCAGAAGAAGGGAAUUCCAUGAAAUGGUCGAGGCCAACAAGAACCAGAACUUAGCCCUGUUCCGUCGCAUAAAGGAGACACUGAACCCGGAGAUGUGCAGAGGGUUUGUGGACGCUUUUCUAGUCCGCAAACAGAAACUGGAGGAAUCUGGAAAUAAAAACAGUCACUUCCACGAUACAAACCUCAUAAUGACGGUCACGAACCUGUUCAACGCUGGAACGGAAACAACGUCCACCACGCUGAGAUGGGGACUUCUCUUCAUGGCUAAAUAUCCAAAGAUACAAGACCAGGUCCAGGAGGAGGUGAAGAGGGUCAUAGGAGAUCGGCAGGUGCAGGUGGCCGACAGGAAGUUCCUGCCAUUCACCGACGCCGUCAUACAUGAGACACAACGACUGGCCAGCAUCGUGCCACUGUCACUUCCUCACAAAACCAGUAAAGACAUCAACUUUCAAGGUUAUUUCAUCAAGAAGGGAACCACCGUUUAUCCUCUCCUGACUUCCGUCCUGCACGAUCCCACUGAGUGGGAGAAACCACACACCUUCCAUCCUGCUCACUUCCUGGACAAAGAGGGAAAAUUUGUCAAGCGAGACGCCUUCAUGCCCUUUUCUGCUGGUCGUAGGAUUUGUCUGGGAGAGAGUCUGGCCAGGAUGGAGCUCUUCAUCUUCUUCAUCACCCUCCUGCAGCGUUUCCGGUUCACUCCUCCUCCUGGAGUUUCAGAGGAGGACCUGGAUCUGAGUCCGUGUGGCGGGAUCACUCUCGGCCCUUCACCUCACAAACUGUGUGCCGUUUCUCGUAUGUGAGGAAGAGGAGGCAACCUUUGAAAAGCUGUGUGGAUCAUAGCAGAACAUAAUAUUUCAGCCACAGAACUUUUUAAAAAAAUCAUGUUUUCACCCAUAAUGAUCUUUAGUCGGUAAAAUGCUGACAGUACCUAGUGCCAUACACCAGUUUAAUGGACCAUCUCUAACUAUUUGACAAUAAGACUCCAUCUGUGAGGUUAACUCAUCUCCAUUACCAGGUACAAAUAAAGACAUAAAACCCAA